AACAAAGUAAAUAUAUUGCUAAAUUAAUAACAACAUCGUCAACCGCCGGUUCACCUUCGUCUUCAUCACUUCAGUCCUUUGAAACGAUACAGUUGAAUCGGUUAUAAAGUCGGUGAAAAUAAGUUACAUAAAUGAGUUCUUUGAGUAGCAUAAAAAACGGGAGAAAAAUCGUUUCUUAGAAGAGAAUAUCAAGAUUAAGGAAGAAAAUUUCAGAUAAUUAAUUUUUGAAACAAAGAAUAAUAUCAAACUGUUGAUACCGAAAUAUAUUUUAAACUAAGCCUUAGAUUCAAGCUUUCGAGAAUAAGAAGUACAAUGAAAAAAUAUACUUUCAACGAAAAGAAAGCAAGCAAUACUUUUACUGGAAUUCAACUCACGAAAAAAACAGAGGGUACUUCCAAUGAAACCAUCGAAAAAAAAGAGGAUACCUCUGUGGAAAUUCAUAAAGAAGAAAGAGAAAAUAUUUUAAAUCAUUUCAAGCACCCAAUAUCUGAACUUACAUAUAAUAAGUCAUAUUCCCGCACAUGGUUAGAAUCUAGUAUAGUUGAAUACACUUGGGAAAUUAAUAGUGCCAUUAUUAUUUUUAAAACCGAAAAAGAAUUUUUUUCUGCAAGAUUUCCGAAAACAUCUUUAUACAGGAUUAAAUUAAGUAUUGAUAACGAUACAUCUGACGUAAUGAAAAGUAAACUAAGAUUUUAUUUAGUUACUGAAAAAAAAUUUAAGGGUACAUGCGAUGUUUGCGUCGUCAAUCCGUUCAAUUCGCAGAAGAUAAAAUGUAAAUCAACCUCCCCAGGUUUAAUAUCAAAUAUGAUAUUAUUAUAUGAAACUACUUUAGAAUCGUUAAAAGAAUAUUUAAUUAACAAUAAAAUUGUAAUGUAUUUCAAAAUCGAAAUCAUUUAUAAAUUUCUUACUCAAAAUAUACACAUAGAUGUGCCAUUAAAUACAACAUUAUGCGAAGAAUUAAACUUCAAACGAUCAAAUUUUACCAAUUUGAAAGUUAAGAGUAUGGGACUGAUUACAUUUAAAUUUAAAAGAGAACGUUAUAAUUUGCCCGCACAAACACUAUAUGCUACCAAUAGUGAGUUUUUUAAGAGCAUAUGCGAUUAUGCGAUGGUUGAAAAUGAAAAAGGCAUAUACGAGAUAGAGAUAGACGAGAUGCCAGUACCAUUCAAGCAAAUGUUAUCAUUUAUUUUAUCCGGUUCAAUACCGGAUCCGUUUAAUUAUCACAUGCUGCGAGAUUUACUAAUAAUGGCUUCUAAAUAUAAUGUACAAACUCUUAAAAUAUUAUGUGAAAGCUAUUUGAUACGUAUGAUUAAUAUUGAAAAUUCCAUCGAUCUUAUACAGCUUGCGUUGACAUAUAAUGCAAAAUCUUUAGAAAAAUAUACUGCAUUAUUUAUUAAGUUAUAUCUAAAAGAAAUUGUACAUACUCAAGAAUUUCAAUGUUUACCACAAUAUAAUUUCAACAAAAUAAUGAAAUUAAUUUGUGAUUCAAAUUUAUCUAUUGAUAUCAAAUUGGCACAUGAUAUACUGUGGAAUACACUGUGA